CGAGUUCAUCCUGACGGACUGCCUCUCUCUCUCUCUCUCUCCCUCUCUUGUCUCUCCGUUCACGUGAAAGUUUUCGAGGGCGAGACCCCGAGGCAGCGAUGGAGAAUGUGGUGGCCGCCAACGCAGAGUUCGCCAUCGACGUCUUCAAGACUCUGGGUGCACGGGAGGUCGGUGGCAAUGUCUUCUUCUCGCCGCUCAGCAUCUCCGCGGCGCUGGCCAUGGUGCUGCUCGGCGCCAAGGGACAAACGUCUGAGCAAAUGUCCAAGGUGCUUUGCUAUGAAGGAGUGAGCGAUGUUCACGAAGCCUUCAAGGGCCUGCUCGGCACUUUGAAAUCUCCCGGAGCGGGCUGCGUCCUUCGCCUCGCAAACCGUCUCUACGGCGAGAAGACCUUCGGCUUCCUCAAGGAGUUUCUAGAUAUGACUGAGAAGUUUUAUGAGGCCGAGUUGGCUGCUGUGGACUUCACCGGAGCAUUUAAUGAUGUACGGAAGGAAAUCAACUCGUGGGUCGAAGGAAACACUGAAGGCAAAAUAAAAGAUAUCUUGGCCGAGGGCACUGUGGGCUCCACGACCCGGCUCGUUGUCGUGAAUGCUGUUUACUUCAAAGGGAAGUGGACCACACCAUUCAACCUUCAAAAUACCGCCCAGACAACGUUUUACCUUAGCAAGCGAGAGACGAAGCCAGUGCAGAUGAUGUUCCAAGAGAAAAAAUUUAGACAUGGAUUUGUCCCGCACAUGAAUUUAAAAGUGCUUGAGCUUCCAUAUGUGGGAAAUGAACUAAGCAUGAUUAUUCUGCUGCCAGCUGCCAUCGAAGAUGAAACUACUGGUUUGGAAAAGCUGGAGAGGGAGCUGAACCUUCUGAACCUUCAAACGUGGACAUCGCCCACGACGAUGCGCUCUGGGGACGUUUUGCUGCACCUCCCACGCUUCCGCCUGGAGCAAAGCUACACCCUCAACGAGCCACUGUCGAGCCUCGGCAUGGGAGACCUCUUCUCGCCGCUCACUGCCGAUUUGUCAGGCAUGGACGGAAACCGUGACCUGUUCGUUUCGCACGUGGCCCAUCGCGCCUUUGUCGAAGUGAAUGAAGAAGGGACCGAGGCGGCUGCCGCCACCACAAUAUCCGUAAUGCUGAUGUGUGCCAUGCCCACGCAGCCACCCUUUACAUUUUGCGCCGAUCACCCAUUCGUCUUCCUCAUUCGUGACAACCGCAACGGAAGCGUUCUCUUUUUGGGUCGCUACACGUCCCCCUGAGGGUCCAUCGAGGCUCCGAUUUUUCGUUGAGAAAUGUGUACCGUCUGAUUUGGUUGUGCUGCUUUAAGGGGAAAAUAUACUCGCAUACCGGUGGGAAGACACUGUCAGAGCGGGGGGGAAAUAUACUGGGGAUAAUAUACACUCCACUUGAAAUGUGUUGUUGUGGCACUCUUGAUUAUUGUUGUUUAUAAGUAUUGUUGGUAAAACUAUUUAAUUUUUUGGCUGCUGGGUAUUGUUGGGAGGGCUACGUGAUUAAAGUCUCUCGAAUCUUAAAA